CCACAGAACAUAGCUAUUUCCAUGUUUCUUAUCCACGAAAUCUCUUCAGUAUCUGUUACUCUAUCUAUUCUGCUCUAUCGUUUCUUUUCUAAAUCCCAUAACCUCCCAAAGAAAAACCUAAUGCAGACAGUAACAUAAACCAAUUCAUAAGCAGAGCCAACAGAAGCAGAAAAAUGCUACAAAACCCAAGAGUACUAGGAUCUUCCCCUCAACCAUUCAAUCAUCCACCAACUCGUACAUCAGCACCACCUCCUUCAUCAUUACAACUAUUACCCACUCUUCCAAUCAUCAAACAGCAAUGCAGAUUGUCACGUAGAGAGCUCACAAUCCUCAGCAACUCUAGCUUGCUUCUUCUUUUGGGUGCUCAGGCAGUGGAUGGAACCAAAGCAAGAGCAGAAGAAAAUGUCGUCGAGCCAAGUAACAGUGAUAAACCAGAAGAGAAUUUAACUACCACAACCACUCCCAGCUGCACUGAAAGAAAACCUACUAAGAAAGUGUUUUUUGACAUAGCCAUUGAUCGCGAACCUGUCGGUCGCAUUACUAUAGGGCUAUAUGGAGAUGAUGUCCCUGCAGGAGUUGAUAGGUUUAGCAAGAUUGUCAGUGGAGCUGCUGGUGUUAGCUACAGAAGAAAAGAGUUUGUCAAAAUCCUGCCCAAUUAUGUCCAACACGGUGGACUUCGAUCCUAUGGCGUGGAUGCAGAAAUGGCCAGAGGGACAGGGGGUGAUUUGGCAGCUGAUAGUCUUGUUGAGGAAUGGGAGAGAACUUAUGAAGGGUGCCCUGGGACUAAAAAUGUGGCUGGAAGUGUUGGCAUUAUUGUGAGAGACCCGUCUAAACCGCCUCCAAAGAUGAAGCUGGUUGCAAGAAUGGGGAAGCUGGAGAUUGAUCAAGAAGAAGUUGGAAUUGAUCCCAAUGGGACAGAAUUUGUCAUUGCCACAAAGGAUUCUCCAGAAUUGGAUGCAUCAUCUCUGGUAGUUGGAAGAGUAUUAGAAGGGUUGGAGGUUGUGCAGAGGAUUGGUCAGGUAAAAACCGUACAGGAGAAUACGAGCUCUCCCUAUUUUAGGGUGGCAAAGCUUAUCGGAGACAAGAGGGCUGUUGUAGCAGAAAGGGGAUUCAACCGCCCUUAUUCGAAAGUUAUUGUUACAAACUGUGGUAUAAUGGAGUAGCACAAAAAUGUAUUCACUCCCUUCUCUAGAUG